AUGUCUUCCCCGUCAUAUAUUGCAAUAUCCCAUAUGGAAUCUAUCCACGAUGGCCCCUUCUACGCUAUCUGUGGAAACGAUACGAUCUCUCAGAGAGAGCAUACAUCUACUCUUAGAUCGAUGCUCUGUCGAUCUUCAAACGCAGCGAUCCAUCCCAUUUGACAACGAACUGUUUUUGCUGGCGUGCAAAGAAGCAGCCCGCCAGAGUCUCAUCGUAGACGCGCACGUCACAGGGUCAUUCAGACCAUACAUAAAGCAAGGGGCCGACACCAUAACCGCCUGUUUCCCCCAUAUUCAGGACAUACCAUCUCGCGUUUACAUGAUCCUUUAUCUUGCGUCCUUCUUUUACCUCGACGACAAAUUCACUCCAGGAUACGAAUCGGACGGUGAAAACAUGGCCCAGGAACUUUUUAGAUGCGUGACGGGGAGAACGACUCCAAGCGAUCCCAUACAGAAGUUGUACUGGUUUCUUGUGACGGAGGCUCCAACCUUUUUCCCGAAUUCACCUGCGUCAAACAUCAUCAUUACAGGCAGCCUGAAUUUUAUCACGUCUGCCAUCCUUGACUCUCGCACGCAAGGAAUGAAUAUACCUGCGUCUGCCAAAAGAUACACAACAUUCUCCAGAGACAUGUCUGGCUUCAACGAAGUUUUUGGAAUAUUCAUAUUCCCAUCUUCCGUUCCCAUCACUGCGUACAUUACCGCUCUGCCAGAUUUGAUGGUAUUCAUAGGAUGUGCCAACGACGUGCUCUCUUUCUAUAAGGAAGAGAGUGCCGGGGAGGUAAUGAAUCAGGUUUCUCUUCUUGCCUCGUGUGACAACUGCCCCAAAAUCGAAGCUGUUCAGAAGCUCGUGGAUACCACCGUGCAAGCACAUCGGAACAUUUUAGAUACACUCUGCCCGAACAAAGUGGCGCUGCACGCAUAUUUGAGCUUUAGCGAUGGGUAUCUUAGAGCACAUAUUGGAAUUUCUAGAUAUCGUUUGGAAGAACUGGGUUUCCGCUCUGGACUGGUGUCCUUCGAUCCUAUGGCGUGUAUGUAG